CACCAUAUGGUCUUUUGCAAAAUGCCCGCGUGAAGAGGCGCUCCUAGGGUUCUUCUUCUCCUCGUCCUUUUCCUUCGUCGUCGUCUCCCUCUGAAAGCUCCGAUCAAUUAAUCCCAAGUAGAAGCAGAGAAGAAUCCAUGGGAACUCCAGAGACAUCCCGAGAACCGUGUCCCGACAGGAUCCUGGACGACAUCGGCGGCGCCUUCGGCAUGGGCGCUGUCGGCGGCUCUGCCUUUCACUUUCUCAAGGGCGUCUACAACUCUCCCAUCGGAUCUCGCGUCUCCGGCGGAGUUCAGGCGGUGAGGAUGAAUGCGCCACGAGUCGGUGGGAGCUUCGCCGUGUGGGGAGGCCUCUUCUCCGCCUUCGAUUGCACGAUGGUCUACGCUCGUCAGAAGGAGGAUCCAUGGAAUUCGAUCUUCGCCGGAGCCGCCACCGGAGGGUUCCUCUCGAUGCGUCAGGGCCUCGGAGCCUCCGCUCGAUCGGCUCUUUUCGGCGGCGUUCUCUUGGCUCUCAUCGAAGGAGCAGGGAUCGCUCUCAAUAAGGUUCUCAGUGCUCCGCAAGACGCACCGAUCAUGAUGGAAGAACCGGGUCCGGCCCCUGGUGUACCCAUGGGCUUGCCGGGUCAACCCGUACCGGAAAGCUUGUCUGGUUCAGAACUAGGCUCUUCUUGGUUCGGAGGCUGGUUCGGAGGUGGGAAGGAGGAGGAAUCCAAGGAUAGUGGAGGGAGCAAGGUUCAGAUUCUGGAGAGCUUUGAUGCGCCUCCGGUGCCGAAUUUCGAGUACAAGUGAAGAAAUUGAGGCCUGGGUUUAAGUAUUUUUGAAGUCAAAGGCUUUGGCUUGUUGAAGAACAAAUGACGCAACAAGGAGCGGAAAGGACUCCAACUGUUGUAGCUGCGUGUAUGGUUUGGAAAUGCGAUUCUGUUAUUCAAAGCUCACAAAACAAGUUAUUGACUAUGGUUUAAUUGAACUUUAUGUUCUAAACAAAUUACAGCGAAAUUAAUCUGCCGAUGCUUAAACC